AUGGCGCCCACCGAUCGGCUAGGCUCGGCUCGGCUCUCCGAAACUCCGUCUCUUCCUCGCGCCGCGCUCGCCGCUCUCAAUCUAAAACCCUCGGGCCCUUCUCCCCAGCGGCCGCGAGAGAGAAAGAGAGAGAGAGGGAGAGAGAUGGAGCCGCCGAGGCAGCUGCCGGAGCAGGCGGCGCCGGUCUUCAGGGAAGGCGUGACGCUGACGCUCGCCCGGUGGUCGGCCCUCCAGAUGGCGGUGGACAACGAGUGGGGCGGCCGCGGCUCCCGGCAGAGGGCCGACGAGCUCGCCCACGACAUCUUCGCCUGGUACACCCAGUCCAAAGAGCCGCUUUACAUCGACGAUUUGGAGGAUCUCCUGUACGAGGCCAUGAUUUCUCUGAACACCGUGGCCGAAGACGGCAGCGUCGAGGAGGUGGCUGAGAAAUUGAUGAUCUUGCACGAGGAAUGCCUGGAAGGGAACUUUGCAGCUGUUGAGAAACUGAGGGAGGCUUCUUUGAAGAGAGUCGCGCCUGCGCAUGUCAAGCAGGUUGUUGAAGGAGAAGAAGAAGAGGAAGAUGACAGCGAUACCGAAGACAUGGCCAUGGACGAUUCGCCAUACAUGAUGGUGGACGCACCAAAAUCUCAGUCGAGCCCAACUCCAGUCAACAAAGCCGGAGACGAGGGGCGGCCACCCCAGACGGUUGAUGCAGAUGGAUGGACGGUGGUUGGUUCAAGAAAAAGUAGGGCUAAAAAGUAGCAAGGCCAAAACUUGUCUAAGGUUCUGCGAGUAUGUAUGGUGUAAUUGUUGCUACUUCUCUUCUUACCAAGUUCAAAAAUGAUCCUUGAGAGU